GUUCUGUGCGCACCGCUCAGUCUGCUGAGGGUCAGCUGAUUUUCCCGGAAGUUUGCAGUGUUGUGUUUAUUUUACAUGAGACACUUUAUAUCUUUAUAUCUCAGAAAUCUAUUUUAUUUCUGCAGACCAGUGAAAGUCUGUCACUGAAACAGCAAACAAAAUGUCUCCUUUGUUUAGUGUAAAAGGCGGAAUGAGUUUAAUAACCGUGAUCUGUCUUCUGCUAGCAGGUCAGGCUACAGAAGCUAAAAAUUCUGAGGACAUCAGGUGUAAAUGUAUUUGCCCGCCAUACAAAGAUAUCGAAGGACAAAUCUACAAUCAGAAUGUUUCGCUGAAGGACUGUAACUGUCUUCACGUGGUGGAGCCGAUGCCUGUGGAAGGGAAAGAUGUGGAGGCUUACUGUUUACGCUGUGAAUGUAAAUAUGAAGAGAGAAGCUCAGGAACGAUUAAAGUGACCAUCAUCAUCUACCUGUCUGUUCUGGGGCUGCUGCUGCUCUACAUGGUGUAUCUGACUCUGUUGGAGCCCAUGCUCAAACGCCGCCUGUUCGGACACUCACAGCUCAUCCAGAGCGACGAUGAUGUCGGGGACCAGCAGCCGUUUGCGAACGCUCAUGAUGUGCUGUCCCGCUCACGCUCUCGCACCAACAUGCUGAACAAGGUGGAGCAUGCACAGCAGCGCUGGAGGAGACAGGUACAGGAGCAGCGCAAGUCAGUGUUCGAUCGUCAUGUGGUGCUGAGCUAAAAAACAUGAAACAAAACGACAAACACUCCCCCUACUGGAUGAUCUGGUUAUAAUACCUGACAUAUGUGCAUUGUAACAUCCUCACCUUCAUAACAUCACUGUGUCUGUGUGUGUGUCUGUGUGUGUGUCUGUGUGUGUGUCUGUGUGUGUGUCUGUGUGUGUGUCUGUGUGUGUGUCUGUGUGUGUGUCUGUCUGUGUGUGUGUCUGUGUGUGUGUCUGUGUGUGUGUGUGUGUGUGUCACUCGUGAGUUUUUAUUCAUGGUUGCACAGUGUGAUGUUUCCUCCACAUCAUCGCAUGACAUUUCAUCUCUUUGUAUUUAACAUUCUGACUGUUUUUUAUUUUGCAUGAAAUAAUGUAAAAUUUUCUGUGGAUAGAAAACACAGUUUGUUCCUGUUACAGUCGAUCAGGUGUAAAUCUGGAGGUAUAAACAAUGUGGCAGAUUAAAUAUGAAAAUAUGAGCUCAUGCAAUCAUCUCAUUCCUCUUUAAAAAUCUUCUUAAAUAUCUCAUAAUGUGCGUGUGCGUGCGUGUGUGUGUGAGAGAGAGUGUGUGUGUGUGUGUGUGUGCGUGUGUGUGUGUGUGUGUGUGUGUGAGAGAGUGUGUGUGUGUGCGUGUGCGUGCGUGUGUGUGUGAGAGAGAGUGUGUGUGUGUGUGUGCGUGUGUGUGUGUGUGUGAGAGAGAGAGAGAGAGAGAGUGUGUGUUCACGCAUUGAUCUCAUUAUGUACUCUUUAUUAUGAAGUGUUAUUGAUUAAUAAAGCCGUGUCUGGUUUAAUCAGUCUUUCUUUACCAGACGAACAUUUUAUGAAGUGAUGAUGUUUAUUUUCCUGUAAACAAAAGUUCAUGUUUGACAUUAAUAUUGUUCUGUUGUGGAACCUGUUUGUGUUUAAAUUCAUGUUUCAGGAGUUUAGGGACCGAUGAUUAGGUUCAUAUCUGAUGUUUUAUCUUGUACCUGUGAGCAUUAAUAAUAAAUUCUAUCCGCUUCUG